UUCAGAUGGGUGAGUCAAAUGAAGAUAUAGACCAAAUGUUCAGCACUUUGCUGGGAGAGAUGGAUCUUCUGACCCAGAGUUUAGGAGUUGACACUCUUCCUCCUCCUGACCCUCAACCACCCAGAGCUGAAUUUAACUACAGUGUGGGUUUUAAAGACUUAAAUGAGUCCUUAAAUGCACUGGAAGACCAAGAUUUAGAUGCCCUCAUGGCGGAUUUGGUAGCUGACAUAAGUGAAGCUGAGCAGAGGACAAUCCAGGCACAGAAAGAGUCCUUGCAGAAUCAGCAUCACUCAGUAUCUGUGGAGGCAUCAAAUUUCAGUGGUGCGGCCUCUCUUGGCUAUGGAGCAAAUGUUACUGCAACUAGUGUUAACCAAUAUGAGGAUGAUUUACCACCUCCACCUGCUGAUCCCAUGUUGGACCUACCACUGCCACCACCACCUCCUGAGCCUCUCUCUCAGGAAGAAGAAGAAGCCCAAGCCAAGGCUGAUAAAAUUAAGCUGGCAUUGGAAAAACUGAAGGAGGCCAAGGUUAAGAAGCUUGUCGUCAAGGUGCACAUGAAUGACAACAGCACAAAGUCCCUGAUGGUGGAUGAGCGACAGUUGGCCCGAGAUGUUCUGGACAACCUUUUUGAGAAAACUCAUUGUGACUGCAAUGUGGAUUGGUGUCUUUAUGAAAUAUACCCAGAACUACAGAUUGAGAGGUUUUUUGAAGACCAUGAAAAUGUUGUUGAAGUUUUAUCAGACUGGACAAGAGACACAGAAAACAAAGUGCUAUUUUUGGAGAAAGAGGAAAAAUAUGCUGUAUUUAAAAACCCUCAGAACUUCUACUUGGAUAACAAAGGAAAAAAGGAAGGCAAGGACACCAAUGAGAAAAUGAAUGCUAAGAACAAGGAAUCCUUACUUGAGGAGAGCUUCUGUGGAACAUCUGUCAUUGUACCAGAACUUGAAGGAGCUCUUUAUUUGAAAGAAGAUGGAAAGAAAUCAUGGAAAAGGCGCUAUUUUCUUUUACGGGCUUCUGGAAUUUAUUAUGUACCCAAAGGAAAGACUAAGACGUCUCGGGAUCUAGCAUGUUUUAUACAGUUUGAAAAUGUCAACAUUUACUACGGGACUCAGUGUAAAAUAAAAUAUAAAGCACCCACAGAUUACUGCUUUGUUUUAAAGCAUCCUCAAAUUCAGAAGGAGUCCCAGUAUAUCAAGUAUCUCUGCUGUGAUGACUCAAGAACCCUGAACCAGUGGGUCAUGGGAAUAAGGAUUGCCAAGUACGGAAAGACUCUUUAUGGUAACUAUCAACGGGCCGUGGCAAAGGCUGGACUUGCCUCUCGGUGGACGAACCUGGGGACGGUCAGCACAGCUCCACCAGCUCAGCCUUCUACAGGACUUAAAACAGGCACUACCCAGCCCAAUGGUCAGAUUCCCCAGGCUGCACAUUCUGUCGGUGCUGUUCUUGAAGAGGCCCGGAGACAUGUGGAAACAGCAAAGGAUAAGAAGCCAGCCCUAGAUAACCACCACGACGCAGGGGUGCCCAGGGCCCAUCACGCCGCGAAGUCUAGCCUGGUCCCGCCCCCUCCUCCCGUGCGACGGUCAUCUGACACCAGCGGCAGCCCUGCUACGCCGCCCAAGUCCAAGGGCACGGGUGGCAUUGUUCCUUCCACGGUCGCCAAAAAACCUCCUAUGCCCCCCAAGAGGCACGAGAACCCGGGGCCCCCCAGCGGGGGAGGGAGUGGGGAGCAGGAUUUCAUGUCAGACCUCAUGAAAGCUUUGCAAAAGAAGAGGGGCAACAUGUCCUAAAGGGACACCUGUAGGUGUCUGCGUAACACCUAACGGAAAGUGCGUGUUUUGUUAGUCUAUUGUCAAGGUAUCUCGUCCAUUUUCGAGUAAAUGUUGAGGUUUUCAGACUAGAAAUGAUGUAAAAAUUUUUUACCAUUGUGCUCAAGUUCAUUAUUGUAACCUAACUCAGAAUUUAGACUAUCUGCUUAAUGUACAUAUCUUUCCUAUGUAUUAUCUGUUUUUUUUCUUUUUUAAAAUUAGACAAAGUCUCACUAUGUUACCCAGGCUG